GGUAACUUUCUGUCAGAUGUAGUGCAACCAUUCGCGCGCAAGAAGACCUCCAACAUCAUUUCGAGAUCGUUUUACUCAAUCCUUUCAGCUCGGCCGUUCCAACUCAAUUUUUGUAACAUUGAACGAGGGCGUUCGGUGGAAUAUUCGAAAAGCAUAUAUCUGUCUGUACCUUAUGCUCUGCACAUCUCGCUAGCAUGCUUCUGUAUACCAAAAAGGCUCCUCCGAAAGUUCCCAAGAAAAGAUCAAGAGCCGGAUGUAUACAUUGUAAGGAAAAGAAAAAGAAAUGUAACGAAGAACGUCCGCAAUGCAAUAGGUGUAUAGAACGAGGUCUGCAAUGCGAAUAUGAAGCAGUAAAGCCACGAAAACGAAGAAGGGCGUCCUACGCGGAUUCUGCCCUCUCGCUCGAAUAUGGCUCCCCAGGCUCCGAUCGCGAAGGAUGGCCGCGACAAUAUUCGCAAGGGCUUAGCAUAAUUACAGACAAAAGUACGGAAGAUGUGCCAAACAAGUGGGAGGAAACGACGGAAUAUCCAUUAUCUGCAACUUCUGAGCAGUCGGGCUUUACUUGGGGAAGCUUUUACGAGAAUGACAACGACGUAGAGGAAAUAACACGAGAAGAUCCAUAUGACAACUCUUCUCCUGGCAGUACACUGGUUCGAUCACGAAGUCAAUAUCCAGAUUUGGCGAUGAUUGCUCCUUCACCGGUUGCAUCUCCUCUCCUCGAAUUUAGUUCGCCAGUUUUUCUAGAAUUUGCCGAGAGAAGGAAUCGAAGGGCUCUCGUCGACCAUUUCUGCAAUACUCUGUCUCAUCUCAUUGUGUUCAAAGAAGAUACGGGCAAUCCAUUUCGGCAACUUAUUCUACCAUUGUCUCACGCCAGUUCGCCAGUGAUGAAUGCGAUAUUCGCAUUAAGUAGUGCGCAUAUGGAAUACAGGGGGGUAGAAAAUGAAGAGAAAUCUUCCGACUUUCACAACAAUGCUUUACAAGGGCUGGCGAAGCUCAUUCAACAAAACGAUCAGGCAAAUAGAGAAGAAAUUUUAGGCGCAAUAAUGUUGCUCGUUUACUACGAAGUACUCGUACAACGCGGAAAUUCUAGUAUUGUACAUGGUCAUCUGAAAGGAGCCAUGACGAUUAUGGAUUCUAGACAUCAGGAACCGAGUCCGACGAGCCUAUUUCUGGAGCGGGCCUUUCGAUUUUACGAUGUCAUCACAGCUCUUUCUCUAGGUACACCUCCAACUACUACCACACAGCCUACAGCAACCCCAUUUCCUUUGCCAUUUUCACCCAAUGAAGCAAACAAAAAUUCACCAUUAGAUUCGGUCGACACACUCCUUGGUCUUUCGACAGAGCUAUGGCCAAUCAUUCAUCGACUUGCACAUCUGCUAUCUUACAAGUCUUCUCUCCAAUCCGCAAUCGAAAAUAAUCAGUUGAGUAAAGCAAGUGUUUUACGGACUGAAUUAGAAAGCACAUCUCAAGCUAUAGAAAUGGCUCUUACGAACUGGAAACCAAAUUUUGUGGCUAAAGGGCCUUCCUCGCCCAGGGAGAACAACGCAGAAGACGAUCCUUCUUUGAAGUAUGAUAUCACUCCCGAAGAAGCACGUAUGCAAACUAUUCUCAACAAUGCCGAAGCAUAUCGCCACUCCGCAUUUAUAUAUCUGUAUCGUACCAUUCAAUCUCACCCCAGCUCCCACCCUUUGGUCCAAAAACAUACAAAUCUUUCUCUAAUCGCCUGUGCCAAUGUUGUCGGACUAGCGGAGCUAUGCGAUGAUGCUCCAAUGUCUGCACUAUUAUGGCCAUUAUUUGUGGCAGCAUGCGAAGCUGAAACGGAAAAGGAUAGGGAACUAGCGACGAAGGCGUUUGGAGGAACAGAGAGGAGACAGGGAAUGCAGAAUAUUUUCCGUGCUUGGGAAGUGGUGCAAGAGGUUUGGAGUAGGGCAGAUAAGGGGAUGUAUGAGGAUGGGGAUUGGCGGGAAAUUUGUGAUAGCAAGGGUUGGAACAUUGUUCUGGGAUAGGGAAGGGGUUACUACAGUCAAAAACGUCACACGUACGACAAGUGGUAAUAAUUUGUUCAGUAUUACGUUCUUGCUUAGAAGAUUGGGAGGCAUAUUCAUUAUCUUUCCGUGUUCACUACGGCUGGACUGGGGAUUCUUGCAUCCAAAAGAAGAAAAAGCCGUUUAUAUCUUUGAGGGAUAGCGGCGAAUGUUAACAUCCAACUUUGAGUGGGUAGAUUUACGAGUCGCAAGUUACCAAUGGACAUCACCUCUGGUUUUAGUCGUGGAGGGUAGGAUGAGAUGUUACUUGGAUAUUAAUUUGAUGAUUCAUGAGAAGUUUUUUGAAUCCAUUUUAGGACAAAUGUAUGGUAUUUGGGGAAGAUGGCCCUGGAAUUGGCAUUGACAUUGGAUUGGCGAGGAGUUGUAUGUAUGGUUGUAUAUUGUUAGUCAUGGUACGGAGUAUAUAUCUGAAGGUUGAGGUUGAUAUCCAAAAUGAAAAUGAAAAUCGAAAUUGUCAUUACACUCCGGAGGCCAGGUGUUCAGAGCGUUUUCUUGUUUGCAUAAUAAGGGGGAAAGAAAAGUAACUCGAGAAUAAAAAUUGGGAUUUCGCCCUGUGUGAUUUCAAGCAUGGUCGAUUAGCGCUGUGAAUUGCAUAGGAUAUACUAUGUGUACCUCGAGGGUCCAAAAUUUAGUCUUGCUUGCCUUUCA